ACCUCCCCUUCCAUCGCAAAUCUCUCUCUCUAUCUCUGUCUUCAGCCUAAUCAUCAUCAAGCCAUGGCAGCCUCUGCUUUUUCCCUGAAGUUCAGCGCCGCCGCCUUCACAACUUCUCCGUCGCUCCCGGCCUCCAACCGCAAUCUCUCAGAAACAAGAGUUCCUUCAGCACUCAAUCUCCAACUCUGUAGCUCUCUAACCAAAACCCUAAGAUUGCAUAAUCCAUUUUCCCCGUCGCCCUUCCCCAAGACCCGUCCAGUAUCCGCCUCCCUCUUCUCCAAACAAAAACCAACCGAAUCCUCAAGGCCAAGCAAUGUGCAGGAGCUAUACGUGUACGAGAUCAACGAGCGAGACCGCGGAAGCCCGGUCUAUCUCCGCCUAAGCCAGAAGGAAGUCAAUUCCCUCGGCGAUCUCGUCCCUUUCAGCAACAAGGUGUACAGCGGGAAUCUGGAGAAGAGGCUCGGAAUAACAGCAGGGAUAACUGUUCUGAUUCAAAACGUGCCGGAGAAGAAAGGGGAUAGGUAUGAGGCGAUCUAUAGCUUCUAUUUUGGAGAAUACGGGCAUAUAUCUGUUCAGGGAUCUUACCUUACCUACGAGGACUCUUACCUGGCGGUGACCGGUGGCUCCGGCCUCUUCGCCGGAGUUUAUGGUCAGGUCUUGCUUCACCAGAUCGCUUUCCCUUUCAAAAUCUUCUACACCUUUUACCUUCAGGGUAUACCGAAACUACCGGAGGAGCUACUCGGCACACCUGUGAAGCCUUCUUUGACGGCAGAGCCGUCCGCGGCUGCUAAGGCGGCUGAACCCCAUGCCGCCCUAAAAGAAUAUACCAAUUAAUUACUUUAUGUACUAUGAGGAAAAUAAAUUUUUGUUUGAAUAUUCUGAUCCAUUUCCCAAAAAA